AUGUCUCCGUUCAGGCAUCUCAGCAAUCUCACCAAACCUACUUUUCAGUGUGCCAACAUUAAAUGUGUCAACCCUGAGGGUGUGGAAGCUAUUGCAUUCUUUCAGCUAUUGCAGAUAUGCUGCAUUCUUUGUGCUCUGAUUGAAUUUGUUAAUAUUUAUUGUAAAUUUGUUCCAACUUGUCUGUUCUUUCAGGUUGUGCGGAUUCAGUCUCCGGAACAUGGUACAAAACGCAUCCAAUCUUCAGGCUCUGAAAAAAUCAGCAACUUUUUAAAUAAGGUUCAGAAUGAAUUCCAAGUCGGUGACAUUGGUUGGACUGUCUACAAAGAUCGACAGAAAAAUUUCCCUAUAAGAACAUCCAGAGUGAAAACUUUGGCUAAUUAUGACAUUCAUCAUGGAGAUAUGCUGUUUCUCAGCUUUGAGUCAGAUGCCAGUAGCCGACAAACUCAAGAUUCUGUAGUAGCUUCAACUUCAACAGCCAUUCCUGUGGACUCCAAAAAAUAUAGUGCAAACAGCACUGUUUCCAACUCCAGCACCGUACCCCAUCUACCACAUAAAAGCAUUGUUUUGGAUGAAGUUGAUGAAAUUCUUGAAAAAGAAGAUGGUAAAGUUGAGAGACAACGUAAUGAACAGUUAUGUCACCAUGGACCACAAGGGAAGUGCCUUCACUGUGCAGCUUUAGAGCCUUACGAUGAAGAAGUGAUGAAAUCUUGUAAACCUCCAACAAAGUUCUUCUCCUUCCACUCCUAUCUGCGUAAGUUGACUGGUGGAGUAGAUAAGGGUAAAUUUGCCAACUUGGAAGACAUCACAUGCAAAAUCAAAGAUGGCUGUACAGAACACCCUCCAUGGCCACAUGGUAUCUGUACGAAAUGUCAACCAAAUGCUGUCACAUUAAACAGACAAAUAUACCGGCAUGUUGAUAACAUAAUGUUUGAAAAUCCUAAAAUAGCUGAACGUUUCUUGAACUAUUGGCGCAGUACAGGUCGACAGCGGCUUGGAAUACUCUAUGGAAAAUAUGAGGUUCAUAAAGACGUGCCUUUAGGGAUUAAGGCAACAAUAUUUGCCAUCUAUGAACCACCUCAGGAAAGUUCUAAAAACCGUAUUCAAAUAAUGAAAGAUGAGAAUGAUGAAUUGGUGAAGAGUAUAGCUGAAAAGAUGGGACUUCAUCCAAUUGGCUGGAUUUUCACUGAUCUUAUGGCUGAGGACUUGAAGAAAGCAACUGUGAAACAUUAUAGAGGCAAUCAGGAUUCACAUUAUUUGAGUGCAGAAGAGUGCAUCAUGGCUGCUGAGUUUCAAAACAAAUACCCUAAUCCUUGCCAAUAUUCUGCUGAAGGCAAGUUUGGUUCCAAGUGUGUAACUGUUGUGGUGACAGGUGACAGUAAAAACCAAGUUCACUUUGAAGGUUACCAAGUUUCCAACCAAUGCAUGGCGUUAGUUCGAGAUAAUUGUCUGAUUCCGACUAAAGAUGCACCAGAGCUGGGCUAUGUGAAAGAAUCUUCCAGUAAACAGUUUGUUCCUGAUGUCUUCUACAAGGUGAAAGAUGAAUAUGGAAAUGAAGUGAUAGAAUUGGCACGACCAUUACCUGUUGAGUAUCUUCUGGUUGACAUUCCAUGUGCUUUUCCUGUAUGUCCACGGUCUUUUUUCAAUGUUUCUGCUAGCAAACCUUUCCCUGUUGAGAACCGUGAGAGCCUAGGCGAAAUCCAGGACUUCAAUGCUUUGGUACAGUACAUGGAACAAUUUCAACCCAAUGAUUUUUUGGAAGCUAUGUCAGAUUUUCACCUUCUCUUGUUUCUUGCCACUUGUGAUAUGCUUCCACUCAAGGAAACUAUUUCAAUAAUAUUGGAAGCUGUGAAAACCAAAGAUAAAAACCUUGCACACAAGUUUAAGAAAUCAGAAGAGUGGGCCACAGUUGAGGAGAUGAUGGCUGCCCAAG